CCUAGGGUCGAGAACCAUGUCCAGUCAAGGGCAAAAAACGUUCAAGAUCCUGUGCCGCACCAAUGAGGACUACUGCAUCACCGUCCGCUGGGAUGACGACGGGGGCAUCGCGGUCGUCAUGGCGCCAACAAACCCCCGCGACCAGCAGCAGCACUGGUACAAGGACACGAGGUUCAGCUCUACGGAGGACGAGGACUGGUUCCCGGCGUUCGCGCUCGUCAACAAGGCCACCGGGUUCGCCAUCAAGCACUCGUCUGGGCAGUCUGAGCCCGUGAGUCCACCAGCACCACCACGCUUGAGGACCUGUAAUUUCUUGGAUCUUUGUGUCCAUCAUUGCUCACAUACAUCUCACAUCCACGUGCAGGUAACUCUGGUGCCGUACAAGUACGACCCAGAGGCGGUGGACGAAUCGGUGCUGUGGACGGAGAGCGACGAUGUGGGCGACGGCUUCCGCUGCAUCCGCAUGAUCAACAACAUCCACCUCAACUUCGACGCGUUGGAUGGCGUGACGGAACUCCAGGACGGCACCCCCAUCGUGCUGUGGGAGUGGCUCGAGGGGGCGAACCAGUCCUGGAUGAUCCUGCCGUGGGGCACCGACGGUGGCCUCCAUCCUGCGCUGUCCUCUGAGUGCACCAUGCGCAUCUUCUGCAGCGCAGGCGAGGAGUACAGCAUCGCCGCAAGGGACGGCGCGGUGUGCCUCGCGCCUGCGGACCCCAACGACGACCUGCAGCACUGGGUGAAGGACAUGAGGCACGGUGAAGACAUCAAGGAUGAGUAUGAGCAGCCUGCGUUUGCCCUGGUGAACAAGGCCACCGGUGAAGCCAUCCAGCAUUCCCUGGAAAAGGGCCACCCUGUUCGCCUUGCGGCAUACGACCCGGACUGCCCGGACGAGUCGGUGAUGUGGACGGAGAGCGAGGACGUCGGCGACGACUUCCACUGCAUCCGCAUGGCGAGCAACAUCCAGCUCAACUUCGACGCCGUCCAUGGCGGCGAGGACGAGAGCGUGGUGCAGGACGGCACCACCAUCAUCCUGUUUGACUGGGUUGAGGGAGACAACCAGCGCUGGAGGAUCGUUCCCUGGUGUGAGUAA